ACCGUUCGUUGAAGGAAGAAGAAGAAGAUGCCUGCUCUAGCUUGUGUUGAUACUCCCAUCGAUACAUUUUCCGGUGAUUACAGCGUCUUUACACCGUCAUCCACCACCGCCGCCGUUGUUGAUUGGUCUCCGUCGCUCUCCUCCUCGCUGUACCGUAUCGACGGAUGGGGAGCUCCGUAUUUCGCCGCGAAUACCUCCGGUAACAUCUCUGUUCGUCCUCAUGGCUCAAACACUUUACCUCACCAAGACAUCGAUCUCAUGAAGGUCGUGAAGAAAGUUACAGAUCCGAAAAUCUCCGGUGGUUUAGGAUUACAGCUUCCGCUGAUUGUUCGUUUUCCUGAUGUUCUGAAGAAUCGUCUUGAGUGUCUUCAAUCAUCGUUUGAUUACGCGAUUCAGAGUCAAGGCUAUGGUUCACAUUACCAAGGUGUGUAUCCUGUGAAAUGUAAUCAAGAUCGGUUUAUUAUCGAAGAUAUUGUCGAAUUCGGAUCGAGUUUUCGAUUCGGAUUAGAAGCUGGUUCCAAGCCUGAGAUUCUUCUUGCUAUGAGUUGUUUGUGUAAAGGUAAUCCUGAAGCUUUUCUUGUGUGUAAUGGUUUUAAAGACUCUGAGUAUAUCUCAUUGGCUUUGUUUGGGAGGAAACUGGAAUUGAAUACUGUUAUUGUUCUUGAGCAAGAAGAAGAGCUUGAUUUGGUUAUUGAUUUGAGUCAGAAGAUGAAUGUUAGGCCUGUUAUUGGGUUAAGAGCUAAGCUGAGAACUAAACAUUCUGGUCAUUUUGGUUCUACUUCUGGUGAGAAAGGGAAAUUUGGUUUGACUACGAUUCAGAUUGUUCGUGUGGUGAGGAAGCUGAGUCAAGUUGGUAUGCUUGAUUGUCUUCAGCUUCUGCAUUUUCACAUUGGUUCACAGAUUCCGUCGACGGCUUUGUUGUCUGAUGGUGUGGCUGAGGCUGCGCAGCUUUACUGUGAGCUUGUCCGUCUUGGUGCGCAUAUGAAGGUGAUUGAUAUUGGUGGUGGAUUGGGGAUUGAUUACGAUGGGUCUAAAUCGGGGGAGUCGGAUCUCUCUGUUGCUUAUAGUCUUGAGGAGUAUGCUGCAGCUGUUGUGGCAUCGGUUAGGUUUGUUUGUGAUCAGAAAUCUGUGAAGCAUCCAGUGAUAUGCAGCGAGAGCGGUCGGGCCAUUGUGUCUCAUCACUCGGUGUUGAUCUUUGAAGCUGUUUCAGCUGGUCAACAACAUGAAACCCCUACUGAUCUAAAGUUUAUGCUUGAAGGGUACUCGGAGGAAGUCCGAAAUGAUUACGAGAAUCUUUAUGGUGCUGUGAUGCGUGGUGAUCGCGAAAGCUGUUUGCUUUAUGUUGAUCAGCUGAAGCAGAGAUGUGUUGAAGGGUUCAAAGAAGGUUCCUUGAGCAUUGAACAGUUAGCUGGUGUUGAUGGGUUAUGCGAGUGGGUGAUUAAGGCGAUUGGCGCAUCGGAUCCGGUUCUUACUUACCAUGUCAAUCUAUCGGUUUUCACUUCGGUUCCUGAUUUCUGGGGGAUUGAGCAGCUGUUUCCUAUAGUUCCAAUCCAUAAACUUGACCAAAGGCCUGUCGCGAGAGGGAUCUUAUCAGAUUUGACUUGCGACAGCGACGGAAAGAUCAACAAGUUCAUAGGCGGAGAAUCGAGCUUGCCAUUGCACGAGCUGGACAACAAUGGCUGCAGCGGCGGGAGAUACUAUUUGGGAAUGUUCCUAGGUGGAGCUUAUGAAGAGGCUCUCGGUGGAGUCCACAAUCUGUUCGGUGGACCAAGCGUGGUACGCGUCUUGCAGAGUGAUGGACCUCACGGAUUCGCAGUGACCCGUGCUGUGAUGGGCCAAUCCUCUGCGGAUGUCCUCAGAGCAAUGCAGCAUGAGCCUGAGCUCAUGUUUCAGACUCUUAAACACCGAGCCGAGGAGCAGAGGAACAACAAUAACAAAGCUGGUGGUGAUAAGGCUAACGACAAACUAGUAGUCGCAUCCUGUCUUGCUCGUUCAUUCAACAACAUGCCUUAUCUUUCCAUGGAAACAUCCACAAACGCUCUCACCGCAGCGAUCAAUAACCUCGGCGUUUACUACCGCGAUGAAGCUGCAGCUGGUGGCGGCGGCAAAGGCAAGGAUGAGAAAUGGUCUUAUUUCGGUUGAUCCUGUCUUUGAUCUUCACCGUACGAUUACGAUCCUAGUUCUUAUUUGUCUUUAAAUUCAGUUUUUAAGGUUUAAGUUAUUUCUUUGUAAUAAGACAAACUCUUAGCAAAAUUUAAUAAUACUAUCAUUCACCA